AUUUUUUUUUCAAAACUUAUUGACAUGAAUGAUAAAAUUGAUUCAACUUUACCUAAAGGUGUCAGAAUUGCUUAUGCUUCAAACUUUGUUGCUACAAAAUAUGACAAGAUAUUUAUUUUUAUAGGCUUAGCAUUGGUCUCUUGGAUUAUGUCCUGGGAAAAAAACAUUGUCAACACAAUCACCCCCACAGUUACAAGUGAAUUCAAUGCAAACGGUUUGACAGGUGUGCUUACUACUGUGCUGGGGGUCAUGCAAACUGCACUUCAACCAAUGUACUCUAAAUUUGCAGAUAUGACAGGCAGAACAAUAACAUAUACUGUCUCGCUUUUAUUCUUCAUGGUUUCCUUUAUUGCAAUGGCAUGCGCUACAGACUAUAAUGCCUUGAUUGGCGGACAAGUGAUUUAUGCUCUUGGUUACUCAGGCCUUUAUAUUCUUGGGCCAAUCCUAAUUGGAGAUUCUAUCAGUUUGGUGAACCGUACACUUGUCUUGGCAUUUUAUAAUUUUCCACUCAUUAUAAACCUUUUUGCUGGCGGUGCUGCUGCUCAAAGAAUGCUCGAAACUGCUGGUUGGCGAUGGGCAUUUGGUCAUAUUUCUAUUGUUAUUUUUGUAGCUAGUAUUCCAAUAAUGAUUGUGCUUUGGAGUAUUCAAAGAAAAGCCAAAAGAGCUGGUUUGAUUAAGUAUGAAUCUGCAGAUAAUCAGAUUGAUGGCCCAAAGAACUUCACCUACUUUUUCCGUAAACUUGUUUGGGUGUGUAACGAAAUUGAUUUGAUUGGUAGUAUCUUCCUUUUAGCAGGUUUCUUUUUAAUCCUUUUGCCUCUCAUCCUGGCUAAUACUUGGGGAGGCUGGCAAAGUCCUGUCGUUAUUGGAUGCCUCGUUGGCGGUGGUGUUACUUGGUGCAUCUUUGCAUUUUGGGAAUCAAAAAUAGCCCCUAAACCUAUUUUUCCUAUGAAAAAAUGGGACACAUAUAAUCCCUUGUACGGGACUGCUAUCGUGUUCUUGAUUUGGGCUAUCAAUGGUAUGAUGGACCUUCAGUACUUUUUGACCUACCUGAAAGUAACUCGUCGCGUCAAGUCUGACAUCGCUACCUACCUUGAACGUGGUUUUAAUGCUUCAAACGUUGUUUUGGCUGUGCCUAUUGGUUAUGCUGUCAAGCGUACACGUCGAUGGAGACCUUUUGUUUGGAUCGGCUCUUGUUUUGCUGUGCUUGGCUCUGGCCUUUUGAUUCCUGCCCGUAGUUCUCACUCACCUGAUGUGUUUAUCGUCAUGUCUCAAAUCAUUCUUGGUACAGGCUGUGCUUUUAUGAACUAUCCUACCUCAGUAGGCAUUCAAGGCUCUGUACCUCGUGAAGAUGUGGCUAUUGUAAUAGCUUUCUUUGAAGUGGGUGUUGCCAUUGCUUCAAGUAUUGGCUCCACGAUUGCAGGCGCUAUUUGGAAUUCUGUGCUUCCUGGUUUGUUUGAAAAAUAUGUUCCUGGUGAAUAUGACUAUGCCAAGAUUACAGGUAGUAUUCCUGUAGCACUUGCAUUACCUGAGGAACAAUACAAAGGCGUAGUGAAAGCAUAUGAUGCAGCUAUGCAUAUCUUGAGUAUUGUUGCUGUUUGUAUGGGAGGAUUAGCAUUUCUGUUGGCCACUCAAUUAAAGGGUUAUGCACUUGACCAAAACAAACAAGAACAAGAAGAAACACUAGACCAAAAUGAGACCAUUUUUGUUCAGAAUAUCAUGAACGAAAAGCAAUUAGAACAAGAACAAGCAUAUGAUAAUAACAAGCAUGAUUCCCAUAAAAACGUUUGA